CUGUAAAUAUGUAGGAAUAUUAUGAUGUUUUAUAUCUUUAAUUAGAAUUUGAGUUUUAUAUAUAGAUUUCAAAAUUAAUAAAUUGAUGUCAAAAAUGGACUUUCAGGGUAUAUCAAAAAUUAAGCCUAAAAGCUUUAUUUACCAAAAAUCUUAGGACACAAUAAUGGACGACAGCUUUAUGAUGAGUCUAACCGUGUGGGUUCCCCAGGAUACAAACGCACUUGUCUUUUUGCAAUAAUAUAUUCUCACGCGAAGACUUCAGAGUCAAUGAUACUGAGAGCAACAUAAAUCUCAACUUCUCACCAGCCUAAUCCUUCGCUGCAAAACUUGCUUCAAAUCUUAACUCAAGUCCAAAUCCUUGCAAAGAAUCGAAACAUGGCUUUGGUUGGAGAGGCUAUUCUCUCUGCCUCCGUGCAGGUGCUGUUUGACAAGAUUGGUUCCAGCGAGUUCGUGGACUUGUUCCGGAGAAAGAAACUGGACGAGUCGCUUGUGAAGAAACUGGAGAUAACGUUGUUGAGCCUUAAUGCGGUGCUUAAUGACGCGGAGGAGAAGCAAUUCCUGAACAGCUACGUGAAGGAGUGGCUCAAUAAGCUUCAAGAUGGUGUCUUUGAUGCGGAUGACCUUCUGCAUGAGAUCAAUGCUAAAGUUUUGCGAUGCAAGGUGGAAGCUGAAUUUCAAACCGUCACGAAUAAGGUGCGGGACUUCCUCCCUACUUUUCUUAAUCAUAAUUAUCAAGGCAUGAAGGGUAGGAUACAUAAGUUGCUUGAAAGGUUAGAGCACCUUGCAAAGCAAAGGGAAUUCCUUGGGCUGAGAGAAGGUGUUGUUGGGGGGAAGGUUUCUCAAAGAACUCCAACAACUUCCUUGGUGGAUGAAUCUUGUGUGUACGGUAGGGAUGGAGAUAAAGAAAAGCUGAUGAACCUCUUGUUAUCUGAUGAAGCAAGCAACAAGGAUGUAUCUGUCAUCACCAUAGUGGGAAUGGGCGGGGUUGGCAAGACAACCCUCGCUCAGCUCCUUUAUAAUGAUGACAAAGUGAAAGAGCAUUUUAAUCUUAGAACUUGGGCUUAUGUUUCGGAAGAUUUCGAUGUUACUAGGGUAACUAAAACUCUACUUGAGUCAGUCAGUUCAAAAGCUUACGAUAAUAAAGACCUGAGUUUUCUUCAAGUUGAGCUAGGACAACAAAUAAAGGGCAAGAAAUUUUUAUUUGUGUUGGAUGACCUUUGGAAUGAGAACUAUGGUGAUUUGAGUGUCUUGCAACGUCCUUUUGCAUCCGGGGCAAGUGGAAGUUGGGUCAUUGUGACAACCCGUAAUGAGAGUGUUGCAGCUCGCAUACGCACUGUUCCGAUUCACUUUUUGAAACAGCUGUCCGAUGAGGAUUGCUGGUUGUUACUUUCAAAACAUGCCUUUGGAAAUGGAAACUCGAGUGCACGUCUGGACCUGGAAGAAGUUGGUAAGAAAAUUGCUACUAAGUGCAAUGGUUUACCUUUAGCUGCGGAAACACUUGGAGGCCUCUUACGUUUCAACACAAAUUAUGAGGAAUGGAAUAGCAUACUAAACAGCAAUAUUUGGGAGCUGCCUCCUGAAAAAUGUAAUACAAUUCCAGCUCUAAGAUUGAGUUACCAUUAUCUCCCAACUCAUUUAAAACGAUGUUUUGCUUAUUGCUCAAUUUUUCCGAAGGGCUAUGAAUUCCAAAAGGAAGAUAUUGUUCUACUUUGGGUGGCAGAAAGUUUAAUUCCACAAGCUGAGAGUGAGAACAGAAUGGAAGAGCUCACUAAGAAAUACUUUGAUGACUUAUUAUCACGAUCAUUUUUUCAAAGAUCAAUGAAAUCACAGUUCACAAUGCAUGAUCUCAUCAAUGACUUAGCUAUGUCUGUGGCUAGGGAAUCCUGUUUGAGAUGGGAAGGGGGCGAAUCACAUGAAGUUUUGAAAAGAGUUCGGCAUUUGUCGUAUGCUAGAGGGGAAUUUGAUUGUGCUGCGAAAUUUGAGCCAUUAUAUGAGGUUAAGAAUUUGCGAACCUUCCUACCUCAAGGAUUACACGGAAGAGAAUGGUAUGAAAAUUAUGUAGGUAAAAGGGUUUUACAUGAGUUAGUGCCAUCUCUAUUAUGUUUACGGGUGCUAACAUUGUCAAAAUAUUAUAAUAUAGUUGAGUUACCCAAUUCUAUUGGUAACCUCAUUCAUUUGCGCUACUUGGAUCUCUCUAAUACUGGAAUCGAAAGGUUACCUGUCACAGUUUGCACUCUCUAUAGUCUACAAACAUUACUAUUGGCAGGUUGUUGGUCUCUUUUUGAAUUGCCUACUGACAUGAGAAAAUUGAUUAACUUGAGGCAUCUUGAUUGUAGUGGAACUCAAAUUGAAGAGAUGCCGGUGCAAAUGGGUAGACUAAAAAGUUUGAGAACAUUGACUACUUUUGUUGUGGGGAAAUCUACUGGGUCGACUAUUGGCGAAUUGGGGGAGUUGUCCCAUCUUGGAGGAAAGCUUUCAAUUUUGAAGCUUAAUAAUGUGGUUGAUGGUAGGGAUGCCUUGCAAGCUAAUUUGAAGAACAAACAAGAUCUCAAGGAGUUAGAGUUGGCAUGGGUCUCCGAAGAUGCCGAUCAUUCCGUAAAGGUGAGAGAUGUACUUGACAAGCUCCAACCUUGCAUGAAUUUGGAGAAAUUGACCGUCACACUUUAUGGCGGGACCAGCUUCUCAAACUGGUUGGGAGACUCUGCCUUCAAUAAAAUAAAAGUUAUGCGCCUUGUAGGCUGUCAUUAUUGCUUCGAGUUGCCACCGCUUGGACAGCUACCUGCUCUUAAGGAGCUCUUCAUAUGUGAGAUGAAAUUUCUUAGGACGUUAGGUCCUGAGUUGUAUGGUCAGCCAUUUCAGUCAUUUCAAUCACUGGAGAAGCGGGAGUUUGAGGAGAUGCCAGAGUGGGAGGAAUGGGUAUCGAGUGUAAGUGGAGGUCCAGACUUUCCUCGUCUCCAGGAGCUGAUUCUAGAAAAGUGUCCAAAGCUAAGAGGAAGCUUGCCUUGUGAUCUGCCUUGCUUGAAGAAGCUUAGCGUGAAUGGGUGUGGGGUUUUACAUGAUCAAAGGGCCACUGCUACUACUAGUACUAGUACUAGUCUCAACUACAAUUCUCUUGAAAAAUUGGAAAUAGAAGAUGGAUGCCAAACAGGUCUGUUAUCAUUACUAGAGACAAAACUCCUUUCCCGACUUGGGAUUCAAAAUUUUAAUGACAUACAAUGCUUGCCUAACAUCAAUCGUCUUAAAAGUUUGACUCUCGAGAAUUGUCCAACCCUAUCGUCGUUCCCUGAAGAUAUCCUACCCACUUCGUUGACUUCACUUACCAUAUCCUUUUGUAGGAGAUUAGAAUUCCUACCUCAUGAGAUGUUGGCCAAAUUAACAUCGCUCUACUGGUUGUGGAUACAGAAUAGCUGUGAUUCAAUGAGGUCCUUCCCCUUGGGCAUUUUUCCCAAAUUGAGCCAACUUUAUAUUGUGAAUUGUGAGAAUCUGGAAUCGCUUUGCUUGAUUGAAGAAGAAGGAGCGGUCGAGAAUCUCAGUCAUCUCAAUAAUUUAUAUAUCUCAGGCUGUCCAAAUCUGGAGUGUUUUCCCCAGGGAGGAUUGCCCACUCCCAACCUGACUUAUUUGGAAUUCAGCAGAUGCGAGAAGUUGAAGUCAUUACCUGAUCGCAUUCACACCCUCAUAGCCCUAAGAUAUUUGUAUAUAUGGGAUCUUCCAAAUCUGGAGUCAAUUGCAGAGGAUGGGGGUUUGCCUUCCAACCUCCGAUAUUUUACAAUUGAGAAUUGUGAGAGACUGAGGGCUCCAUCUUCAUCAGUGGGAGACUACUGUAACUGGGGUUUGCAAGCACUUGUCUCCCUUGAAGAAUUUACAAUUGGUGGCAGGGGAAGUGAUGAAAUCUUGGAGACGUUGCUCAAGCAACAGCUGCUCCCAACCACUCUUCACACUCUCAGUAUCUCUUCAUUAUCAACUCUGAAAUCUUUGGAUGGAAAGGGACUUGCACACCUUACUUUUCUGCGGUGUGACAGUCUGGAAUUCCUGCCAGGAGAGGCACUUCAACACCUCACUUCUCUUCAAGAGCUAUAUAUUUAUGACUGUCCGAGUCUCCAAUUCCUGCCAGAAGAGGGUCUACCGCCAUCUCUUUCUUAUCUGAGAAUCUACAAUUGUUCUGGCCUGGAGAAAAGGUAUCAGAAUAAGACGGGAGAAGAUCAUUGGGACAGCAUAUCUCACAUUCCUUGCAUCCGGAUAAAUGCUGAAGUCAUCAUAUGAUGAUACGACCUCUCUCUCUCACAUAGAGACAAAUUUAAACAAACUUUGGUCAGACUUGAGAAACUUUCCCAUGUUUGGAGGUCAAAGCAACUUGUGUAGGCAACCAUUGUAUAUGGAUUUUUGUUUUUCUACAAACAAAUUGCAGCAAAUAAGGGGAAGGAAAUGUUCUCAAGGUGGAGCUCUAGCAAGAGACCACCAUUUGGACAAUGCGGUAAACAGAUCUCAAUCUAACAUAACAAGCAUCACUGCCCAUUCAUGAUUAGGAGUAUCUUGUUGAGCUGAGAUAUGCAUGAAAAUGGAAAGCAAUCGAGUUGAAAUCCUCACUGGCUUUUCAAAAUCGAGUUGCAAUUAUUCGAACUACAGUUCCAUUUCAUUAGAUUUUUUUUUUUCUUUGUUGUAUCUCUAGACUCUCUGCGUAAGAUUCCCAAUGGGAACUACCCUAACUUGACCCAAUUUGGCAUGGAUUGUGUAUUUUGAGAUUUCAAGGUAACUGCUGCUAAUGGAAGCCCUCCUUCUUUCACUUGUUAAUUCUUAGGGAAUAACAAUUUUACAUUCAAUUUACAUUUACAACUGAAGAAAACUAAAGCGCAUUGCAUGCUCUUUUAUGGUAGAAUGACCUUAUCAUAUUCCAACAAACUCAAGAAAUGCAUACUCUGAUGUGUUGAAGUUGAAGAUUUCGAGAAAGAAAGAAAGCUGUAGCAGAAAACAUAGGGCUGAGAUCUCUCCAAGGUGAUUGUGGGGAGGUUUGCCAAGUGACCUUAGUGAAAUAAAAAAGGAAAAAUGGUUCGUUUGUGUUUGGAGGGGCGGCCUUCAUCUGAUCUGACCACAUGGAAAAGCUCUCUUUGUGUUGAUGAAGAAUUCUUCAUCUCAAACAAGAUAAAUUGAUGUUAAACCCUGUGGGCCACGUCUUCGUUUGGUUUUCUUGCAAGAAAACCAAUGUUAAACUGAUGAUAAACUGAUGUUAGUGCUCAUAUUGUUGAAGUUCAAUUUCCUCUUGUCCCACAUUGAAAGAUUAUAGCUUUGUCUAUGAAUUCUUCAAGGACAGCCAGUUUGAUACUGAUUGUUGUUUCCAACAAAAGCUUUGUCUCUACACAUUAUAGCUUAUUUGUCGAAUGUUACAUAUAUUCAAUGUUUCCAUACAUUUCAAGAAUUUUAACAAGCAAACGGUCAUUCAUUGAAGUUCAAUAUGAAAUAUUCUGAGGUUGUCUAUGCCAUGGGAUGAGCUACUCAUGUUACCAUUA